AUUGGUGGAACCCUGGAUUAGUCGUACUCCUCACUCGCACGCAGCAAACCCCUCUUCCCGCCAUAUAUACGCUCCUACUUUUAACCCCUGUAUCAGGCCACCAAAGCUCCGUCUCCUCUCUCGGUCUCUCUCCGUGCUUUGUGUGUUAGGGUUCGCGGAGGAAAACGUAGGUCUAAUCCAGCCAUGGGCGAUUCUAGGGUUUUCCCGGAUCCCAUAUUCACUCUACCUCGUCGGUCAAACGCGGGUAUUAUUAAGAGGAUCCGAUUGGAGAACUUCAUGUGCCACAGUAAUCUUGAGAUCGAGCUCGGCGAGUGGGUCAAUUUCAUCAGCGGUCAAAAUGGAAGUGGUAAGAGUGCAGUUCUGACGGCACUAUGUGUUGCAUUCGGUUGCAGAGCUAAAGGGACCCAAAGAGCGUCUUCCUUGAAGGAUUUUAUAAAAACUGGUUGCAGUUACGCCUUUGUGUAUGUUGAAAUAAAAAAUGAAGGGGAAGAUGCCUUCAAGCCAGAAAUAUUUGGUGAUAUCAUAAUUUUAGAACGCAGAAUUUCUGAUUCUACCAGUUCCACUAAUUUAAAGGAUCACCAAGGAAGGAAGGUUGCUAGUCGGAGAGAUGACCUUCGUGAGCUUGUAGAACAUUUUAAUAUUGAUGUUGAGAAUCCAUGUGUAAUAAUGAGUCAAGAUAAAAGCAGAGAGUUUUUGCAUUCUGGGAACGACAAAGACAAAUUUAAGUUCUUUUUCAAGGCCACACUUCUUCAACAAGUGAACGAUCUUUUACAAAACAUUUACGAACACUUGAAGUCUGCAACUGCACUCGUUUGUGAGUUGGAGGAAACAAUAAAGCCCAUUCAAAAGGAAAUUGAAGAGUUGCAAGGAAAGAUUAGAAACAUGGAGCAUGUGGAGGAAAUCUCUCUACAGGUACAACAGUUGAAGAAGAAGCUUGCUUGGUCAUGGGUAUAUGAUGUUGAUAAGCAACUGGUGGAACAAAAUGCAAAGAUUGGGAUAUUAAAAGAUCGCAUACCAGCUUGCCAAGCUAAGAUUGAUAUGCAACUAAGUGUGCUGGAGGAGCUGAAGGAGCGUAUAUCUAAGAAGAAAGCUCAAAUAGCGUGUAUGAUGGAAAAGACAUCAGAAGUGAGGAGAAUGAAGGAUGAAUUGCAGCAGAUGCUUUCCAUGGCAACUAAAGAGAAGCUUGAGCUAGAAGAAGAGUAUGGCCGCAAGACCAAUCAUGUGCAAAAGAUGGUGAAGCGGGUUAGAUUUCUUGAACAACAAGUUCAGGAUAUCCAUGAGCAGCAUGUUCAAUCUACACAGGCUGAAGAAUCUGAAAUUGAGGAAAAGGUGAAGGAACUCCAACAUGAAAUUGAUGCUGCUAAUUCAACUCUUACAAGGUUGAAGGAAGAAGAAAGCGCCCUAUUAGAAAGCAUAAACAUGGGAUCAAGUGAGAUUGGAAGGAUUGGUAAUGAGAUUGAAGAAUUUGAAAAAAAGCGUCGUGAAAUUGCUCAUUCCAUCCGCGAGCUUCAUCAACAUCAAACCAACAAGAUUACAGCUUUCGGUGGAGAUAGAGUUAUUAAUCUAUUACGUGCAAUUGAGAGACAUCAACAGAGGUUCAAAACGCCGCCUGUUGGUCCAGUUGGAGCCCAUUUGUCUUUAAUUAAUGGUGAUACGUGGGCCCGUGCUGUUGAAAAUGCCGUUGGGAGGUUGUUUAAUGCAUUCAUCGUAACCAACCAUAAAGAUGCUCUUGUUCUGAGAGGAUGUGCUAGAGAAGCAAACUAUAACCAUCUCCAGAUUCUCAUAUAUGACUUUUCAAGACCAAGGUUGAAUAUACCACCUCACAUGCUUCCUCAAACAAGUCACCCAACUACUCUUUCUGUUCUACAUACUGAAAACCACAUUGUCUUUAAUGUGUUGGUGGACGUGGGUGAUGCUGAGAGGCAAGUGCUUGUUAGGGACUAUAAUGCCGGAAAAGCAGUGGCUUUUGAGCAAAGGAUCUUGAAUCUGAAGGAGGUUUACACUUUAGAUGGAUAUAAAAUGUUUUCUCGUGGUUCAGUCCAGACAACUCUUCCCCCAAACAAGAAGCAAAGAAGUGGCCGUCUUUGUAGUUCUUUUGAUGAUCAAAUUAUGGACCUUCAAAGAGAUGAAUCAAAUAUAAAUGAAGAAGCUCAACUGCGUAAGAGGAGAAAAAGGGAUGCAGAGGAGAGUAUGCAGGGUCUUCAGGGGCAUCUACGAAAUGUAAAGAGGAGACGUCAGGAUGCAGAGCGUGAUCUGAUGGCGAAGAAACUCACACUGCAAGAUGUACAGAAUUCAUAUGUUGCUGAAGCUAGUUCAUCAGCUGCAUCAAAUGCUGAUGAGCUUCAUCAAGAAAUUGCAAAAGUCUGUGAGGAGAUGCAAGAGAAGGAAGUCUUGCUGGAAAAGCUCCGAAUCAGAAUGAAUGAAGCUGAAAUGAAGGCCAACGAGCUUAAAGUAUCAUUUGAGAAUCUCUGUGAGUCAGCAAAAGGGGACAUUGACGCAUUUGACAAAUCAGAGAAUGAUCUUAUAACGCUUGAACAAGCGCUUCUUGAUGAAGAAUCGAAAAAGGUGCACUAUGAAGGCUUAAUGAAUAACAAGGUCCUUUCUCUUAUCAAAGAGGCAGAAGCACAUUUCCAAGAGCUUGAGAAGGACCGGCUGGAGAAUUGUAAAAAGGCUUCCAUUAUUUGUCCUGAGGCUGAAAUUGAAGCAUUAGGAGGUUGUAAUGGGAGCACCCCAGAGCAACUAAGUGCGCAGCUAACUAGACUAAGUCAGAGACUUAGACAUGAGAGCCAGCGAUAUUCUGAAUCAAUUGAUGACCUUAGGAUGUUGUGUGAGAAAAAAGAACGUAAGAUUCGAAGAAAGCAGCAAACUUAUCAAGCAUUUCGAGAAAAAUUGAACGCUUGUGAGCAAGCAUUAAACUUGCGAUGGAGCAAGUUUCAGAGGAAUGCAACUCUUUUGAAGCGCCAGUUGACUUGGCAGUUCAAUGGCCAUUUGAGAAAAAAAGGGAUCAGCGGACAAAUUAAAAUUAGCUAUGAAGAAAAGACCCUCUCAGUUGAGGUUAAAAUGCCUCAAGAUGCUUCGAGCAGCACUGUUCGUGACACUAGAGGACUUUCAGGGGGUGAACGCUCGUUUUCAACACUAUGCUUUGCAUUAGCUCUCCAUGAAAUGACAGAAGCCCCUUUUCGAGCAAUGGACGAGUUUGAUGUGUUUAUGGAUGCCGUAAGUAGGAAAAUCAGCUUGGACACCCUUGUAGAUUUUGCAUUGGCACAAGGAUCCCAGUGGGUAUUUAUCACCCCUCAUGAUGUCAGCAUGGUAAAACAAGGGGAGCGGGUUAAGAAGCAGCACAUGGCGGCUCCACGUUCUUGAUCGCCGUCCUGCAUUUAUUUUAUUUUAUUUUGCUUUGAAGUGCUAUGUAUGUUCAGGUAGAAGCUUUUAAUUAGAUGUCAAAAGCUGCUUGUAGAUAAGUUAUGUAUUAUGUAGAUGCAUGUUCUAAAUGGUCGACUGUCGUUGACCUUGUUCCCGAUUGUUUUUUUGAGCCUUGUUGCAUAAAAUAAAAUUGUAGGAUGAUAUAUCUUAGAAUGCUCAGAUUUUGGAUUCCUAUGCUUUUUCCUUGAAA